UUGCAUACUUGUCGUGGGUUCGGCUGUGAAAUGUACAAAUUUUGAAGCUCCCCAUGAGUGGUUAUUAACGAAGCGUAAAGCAACCGGAAGAGGCAACAACAAGUUUCAUCAACGGUUUAGGUGUACUUCCAGAGGUUAUAGCUGUUUCUUUCUCGGCUCCAGACCUUUUCCAGAUUUGUUUUAGCCUCUUGCAGGAGAAGAAGCAAGGGAGCGGGCGCAGUUUGCGUAAUGAAGGACACAGAUAAAGACCACGAAGUAGGGAGAAUUGGCCCAGGAAUUUCCGAGAAAAAUAAGGAAUGGAUCCCUGACCAAAUCAUGAAAAGAGUGUGCACCACUUUCGUAGAGGACUCCUCCAGCAGUGGGACUUUGUGCCUGUGCGGAGGUGGGCGGGACACUCAUGUCUCCAUUGCUACAAGAGACUGUUUUGGUGCAGCCAUUGUCACCCAGUGGAACAGCUUUGAGCACUCCUCAGAGUACCCAACCGACGCCUUUGGAGAGCUGGAGUUUAUAGGGGCGGGCAAGAGACACAGCAAUUUCCUGCGUCUGUCAUGCAACACUCCUGCUCAUAUGGUGUACCGAGUAAUGACAAACUACUGGAAGAUGCCCAGCCCCAACCUAGUGAUUUCUGUGGUGGGGGGAGGGGGGAACGAAAAGGUCAAGAGCUGGGUCAGGGACGUGCUGAGACAGGGGCUGGUCAGGGCAGCACAGAGUACAGGGGCUUGGAUCCUGACGGGGGGGCUGAGAGAGGGGAUUGGUCGGUGUGUGGGCGAGGCUGUGAGGGAUCAUUCUGCAGCGGCCUCCUCCCUGUCCCUGAAGAAAGUUAUUGCUGUGGGCGUGGCUCCCUGGGGGCUGGUGGCUGAAAGACAGAAGCUUAUCAACCCACAGGGUAGCUUCCCAGCACGGUAUCAUGUCCAGAACACUUCCCGGGAUGCUUGCUGUCUGGAUAGUAACUACCAAGCCUUCCUGCUGGUGGAUGAUGGGAGUGUAGGCCGACGAGGAGGGGAAAUGGACUUCCGGGUUGAUUUGGAGAAAUACAUCUCCGACCAGCGCACCGGCAUCCAUGGUAGUGGCAGUAUAGAAAUCCCUGUGCUCUGUAUGCUCAUCUCAGGGGAAGCGAAUAUGCUAAAGCGGAUGGAUCUUUCUCUAAAAAAAGGUAUCCCCUGGCUGGUGUUGAAUGGCUCAGGUCCAGCAGCAGAUCUCAUCUGUGAACUGCUUGAUGCCUUGUCACCAGUAUGUCAGAGCCCCACCUCUACCUCACCUGAGGAUAAGGGGAACCAGACCCCCUGCACGGAGCUCCACGACAGGGUCCGGGAGAGGGUCAAGAGAUACUUCCCUGCCAAGGCAGAGCUGGAGAAGCUUGUAAACAGUGCUCUGAGUAUCUAUCAGAACAAAGAUCUGAUAACAGUGUUCAACUCGGAACAGGAGAGUCCAGAGGAUUUUGACACAGUUCUACUGAAGGCUCUGGUCAGAGCCAGUAAACGUGUGUCCAGCGAAGCCAGUGAAUAUACAGAUGAGCUGAAGCUAGCAGUGACCUGGAACCGGGUGGACAUCGCAAAAAGUGAACUCUUCAAUGGCGACAUCCAAUGGAAGUACGAGGACUUGGAAGACUCCAUGAUGGAUGCACUGAUCAAUGACAAACCCCAGUUUGUACGUCUCUUCAACGAGAACGGCCUCAACAUCUUGGACUUCCUGACCUACCAGCGCCUGGAGGAACUGUACCGCUCGCUGUCUGACAGCAUUGUGGCUUACAAGUUGCUCCAGGGCAGCCUCUUAGAGAGGCAAAAGCUAGCAACACCUCAUAAGGAAGCAGGACCCCAUUCCUCUCCAGACCAGGAAACAACCCUCAAAAGCCCCCAGAGUCCCAUAUCAAGAAAUUCCUUUGCCAAAGAGCUCUGUUUGUAUGAGGUAUCACAACUACUACAGGACAUCAUGGGAGAUGUUUGUCGGCCCUUCUACUACAAGCAUUUUAAAUUGGUUGAAGGUAUCAGCACUAGGACAGCAAUGAAGCAAGUGAACAAGUUUUUGCUGGGGGAGUGUACGUACAAGAAGGAUGAAUGUCAGUAUCCCUGGGCCUCUCUGUUUAUCUGGGCUGUGCUGCAGAACCGCAGUGAGAUGGCCGUCUACUUCUGGGAGAUGGCUGGGGAGUCUGUCCUCGGUGCUCUGGCAGCCUGUAAGAUUCUGAGAGAGCUGUCUAAGCUGGAGAGUGAGACGGAGACCAAGCUCUCUAUGAAGGAGCUGGCCCAGAAGUUUGAAAACUUGGCCCAUGAUGUGUUCAGUGAGUGCUACCAGGGCAAUGAGAGCUGGGCUUGCACACUAUUAAUAAAGCAGUCUCCAAUGUGGGGUGAAGCUACCUGUCUGCAAAUGGCCACUGCAGCCGAUGCCCGCUACUUCUUCAGUCAUGACGGAGUGCAGUCUCUGCUGUCUCAGAUCUGGUGGGGAGCCAUGCAGAGAAGCACAGAUGUUUGGAAACUGGUCCUUGCGUUCCUCAUCCCCCCCCUCAUCUACACCAAACUAAUCAGCUUCAGGGAACCUGAGGAAGAGGAGAAUUUAAAGGGGCCUUGUGACCAAGACAUUGACAGUUUGGAGGCAGGAAAUGCCCUGAUGUUGUCCUCCCCUGACAUCAAUCAAAUGAAAGAGGGGGAUGAGGAACAUGUUCCUUUCAAGGGUGAAGAAGCACUCUCCUCCAGUCCCAGGAAGCCCUACAUAGUGAUGCGCUGGAGGGAGUUCUGGUUCGCUCCCGUCACCUCUUUCCUAGGCAAUGUGCUGAUGUACUUUGUGUUCCUUGGCUUGUUUGCUUACAUCUUACUGUUGGACUUCAAGCCCCCGCCUAAUGGCCCAUGUACCUUGGAAUUGAUUCUCUACUUUUGGGUCUUCACUCUCGUCUGUGAGGAGAUCCGACAGUCUUAUUUCAGGGUCAACGCCAGUUUAUAUCAGAGACUGAAGCUCUACCUCCAAGACAUGUGGAAUAAAUGUGACAUCACAGCCAUCUCACUCUUUGCACUGGGUCUUGUCUGCAGAAACUUUAAGUGGUCCUAUGAGUUUGGCCGUGCUGUGAUGGCUGUGGACUACAUGGUUUUUACCCUCCGUCUCAUCCACAUUUUUGCCAUUCACAAACAGCUGGGACCCAAGAUCAUCAUCGUUGAAAAAAUGAUUAAGGACGUCUUCUUCUUCCUGUUCUUCCUGGCGGUGUGGAUCAUGGCCUACGGCGUAGCCAAUCAGGCUCUGCUCUAUGCUUAUGACCCUCGCCCCCUUUGGAUCUUUCGCAGAGUGUUCUAUAGACCAUACCUACACAUAUAUGGACAGAUUCCCAUAAACGAAAUGGAUGCUGACAAACUGGAUGAUGGGAGAAAGUGCACCAGUAACAUCACCCUGAUUGAGGAUGGGGCGGAGCCCUGCACAAGUACCUACGCCAACUGGCUGGUUGUCCUCUUAUUGGUCAUCUACCUCCUGGUCACCAACAUCCUCCUGGUCAACCUGCUCAUCGCCAUGUUCAGUCACACUUUCUCCAAAGUGCAGGAAAACAGCGACACCUACUGGAAGUUCCAGCGCUACAACUUGAUCUUGGAAUACCACUCUAGACCCUGUCUGGCCCCACCCUUCAUCAUAAUCUCCCACAUCCACCUCUUGAUUAAGAGACAUAUCCGCAAGAUCCCUUCCACCAAGAUCAAACACUUUGUUCUCGAGAUCCGGGAUAGAGAGGCCAGUAGACUAAACACGUGGGAGGCCAUCCAGAAGGAGAAUAUACUGACUGUGCAGAACAAACGAGAGAGAGAGAAGGAUUCAGAGAGACUCAAACGCACCUCUGUCAAGGUGGACAGUGUCUUAAAACAGAUGGCAGAGAUCCGGGACCAUGACCGCAGGCUCAGAACGCUGGAGACCGAGUUGGAGUUCUGUACCAGUGCCCUCUCCUGGAUAAUGGAGGGUCUUUCUGAGAGUAAUAAUUUCAAGAUGACACGUUCUAUGCCCACUCUUAGAUCUGAUCCUCCAAAUAUCUGACUAAUGUCUAAGAAUAACAGUGAAUUCAACAAAUUUGCUCACAGACAUGAGGAUCUACAAUCACUGUAAUUCAGGGCCAAAGAAUUUUACAGAAUGCCAAAGACCAAAUCAUUCAUGAUGUUUUUUAUCAUUUGAAAUGCUGCCAGUUUUGAUACAAACCAUUCCUUUUCUACUAUAUAUUGAUAUGUAUGUGUUUUUAUAGAAUGGAUGGGCAAUCUCUUUAAUAUAUAAACAUUUUUCUAAAGUGCAAUUUAAAAUUCUAUACCUGCAUAACCUCAUCCCCAGGCUGUUGCGCAAUGCAAACUCACACCUAACAUUUGAAAUGUGCCAUUUGCAACAGACCAUAUUC